CCAUGAGUGCCGAACCGGACCCGCUGGCCGUGGUGAACCAGCUGCGGGACCUGGCUGCGGACCCGAUGAACCGCCGGGCCAUCGUCCAGGACCAGGGCUGCCUGCCGGGUCUGAUCCUGUUCCUGGACCACCCCAGUCCUCAGGUGGUCUACUCAGCCCUGCUGGCGAUCCGGUACCUGGCAGAAUGCCGGGCCAACAGGGAGAACCUGAAGGCGGAGCUGGGGAUGGUUCUGAGUCUGCAGAACGUCAUUCACAAAUCCACCACCCCCGGAGAGACCAAGCUGCUGGCCUCUGAGGUCUACGAGAUCCUGCAAGCGUCCAGCACCGAGGUACCAGAACAGGACCGGGGCGGGCUGCCCGUCAGCGGCCGUAAGAAGGCCCAGUUCUUCCUGGGCUCCAGCAACAAGCGGGCCAGGACCGUCAUCUUGCACAUCAACGGGCUGGAUGAUCCGAGCCGCAGGAGUCUGUGUGAGACGGCGCUGCUGAAGGUCCGAGGAGUCGUCAGCUUCACCUUCCAGAUGGUCCUGAAGAGAUGUGUGGUCCGGGUUCGAUCGGACCUGAAGGCCGAGGUUUUGGGGUCUGCCAUCGCGUCCACCCAGGUGCUGAAGGCCCGACAGGUGCUGCGGACCGACACCGGAGACGAGGUUCUGGUCCCGUUUGCAGAGGACGGUUCCGUGGAGGUGGAGCAGAACUCGGACCUGCCGGAGUACCUGCCAGAGGACGAGAGUCCGUGUCAGGAGCCCGACAAGGCCGUGAGCCGGGUCGGAUCGGGCCAGAACGGCACCGGCUGGCUAGGAGCUGCAACAAACUUCCUGUCCCGCUCUUUCUACUGGUGACCCGACAGAACCAGCUGGACUGGAACAGAACCCUGACCCAAGGAGCAGACCCUCCUCAGAACUCUGCUGAGGCUGGACAUGAACAGAACCAGAACCUGGACUCAGACUCUUUUUACCUUAUUUAUUUAAUUGUUUGAUGAGAUUUUAUGGUUGAACAAAGGUUCUGGUCCACAAAUCUAACCCACCUACUCACAGACAGCAGCCGUGUCAGAACCGCUUCACAGAAAACUGCAGACAAACCCAGAAAACCUCCGGACCUCAGCCAAGAUCCAAACCACGAGUUCUGAUCCUGGGACCUGAUCCCGGGUCUGAGACUUCAGUUUCCUCUUGGAGCUCAUGGGGUUCUGAACCAUCGACCUGUUUACAAGAUAUACAUAUCUACAUAUACAAAUAUAUAUAUAUAUAUAUAUAUAUAUAUACAUACAUAUACAGGGAGGAAGAUCAGUAUUUGAACACGCUGCGACUUUGCAAGUUCU